CAAUUAAAAACCAGCAAUUAGAACCUACAAGUUAAUCUAAUCAGUAAAUUUCUCGAGUUUUUAUAUUUGGCUCUUUAGUCUUGGUCCUCAAGUUGAUCAAUAGACAUAAACAAUUUCUAAGUUAGAAAUGGAAACUCCAAUAAUGUUUUCUAUGUUUAUUAAUAAUAGGGUUUCGACUGAGGAAUCAAAUUCAUCUCAAUUAUCAUCUACUUCAUCUGUUAACUCUUUGCAACCUCAACAAUCAACAUCCUCAUCCGGUCCACUAACCAAUGGACAAGUUAAUCGGUGUUUUCCAUUUACAAUUGGCGAGAAAAUUAAAGUGAUCGCCAUAAGUGUUGAUCAACUGAGAUCAUUGAGACAAAAUCACAAUCGAACAGAGGAAUCAAAGGAAGCUCAAUUCAUCGAUAAGAUUGGAACUGUCAAUCGAAUUGGUGAAAAUGGUGAAGUUAUCGUUCAAUUCGAUGAUUCACAAAUUGUUUGGUCCUCGAAUUUCAGCUCGAAAAAGGGACAUGUUGACCAUCAGGUCGAUGAUGUGGUUCAAGUUAUCGAUGAUGAAAAUGAGAUGAAAAAACUUCAACGAGGUCAUGGUGAGUUCUUACCUGAGAUGAGUAAUUAUCUCGGUUUCAAAGGUGUGAUUGUUAAUUUAUUCACUGACGGUGAUUUAAGGGUUGCCUUUGAUGGUGGAACCUGGAUUUUGAAUCCUGAUUGUGUCAUUAAUUUGUCAGCAAUCGAAAGAGAGAAAUCAACCUCAGCCGCUGAAUCAACGGUUCCAGAAAUUGUCGACCUCGAAUCAUCUGACCAAGAAACAGCUUCGUCCUCGAGUACAAAUUUAGAAAACGCUAAUAACCCGACCCCAUUCACGGUCGGUGAUCAAGUUAAAGUGAUCUCCGUGUCUUCCAAUGUCCUCAAAGCAAUUCACUUACCUCCAUCCAUUUGGAAUCCACAAAUGUCACAAUUCAUCGGCAAAACGGGAAUAGUUAUCAAAGUGAUCGAUAAACACAACGUAACAGUUAAAUUUGACUCGUCACGAAAACAAUGUACUUUCAGUCCAGUGGCUUUGGUCAAGCAUUACAUUGGCGAUCUAAUCAAAGUGAAUAAUAUCAAAGAGCAAGAAACUGUUGAAAGUUUACUCGUAAAUGAAAAUUACUCAGUCGAAAUGUUCAAAAUUAUUGGAUCAACUGGAAUAGUUAUCGACGCUGAAAACAAUGGCGAUUUCAUUAUAAACUUGCGAGGUCAAAUUUGGACUUUAAAUCCUUCCUGUGUAACUAAUUUAUCUGAAAUUGUAAGAUCCAAAAAAAGUGUUGAUACAAUGGCCAAGAAACAAGGGGUUUAUACCUGGAAAGAUUGGAUUGACCAGUUGGCUGUUAUUGGUGACGAUUCAAGGCCAGUGACCACGAUUGACUCCCGUGAUCAUCUUUGUGUUAAAAGUGAUGAAGAUACAAACAUAACGGUACUAGUUGAGCGCCAACAUCUCCUCGAAUCAAAAAUGCGCAAAUUUGAAGAGGAAAAUACUUGUGGCAUUUGUUGGAUCAAUGAAAAGAAGAUCAUUUUUUCCUGUGGCCAUGGUGCUUGUAGCGACUGUGCCGACAUCAUUGAAGAUUGUCACCUCUGUCGAGCUUCAAUUAACGAAAAAAUUUCAAUGUAUUAAACGUUAAAACUAAUUAGCUGGACGAUUUCACUGAUUAAACCAAACUAAUUGUAUUACCAA